AUGUCGAACCGCAACGUACAGGCGAAGAAUCGCGCUCCGGCGUCGAUCCAGAUCACCGCGGAGCAGAUCCUGCGAGAGGCAAAGGACCGGCAGCUGGAUGUCGAGGUCAAGGCUCCGCGGCAGCAGAUCACCGAUGAGGAAGAGCUGCGCGUCUUCCGGAUGCGGAAGCGGAAGGAGUUCGAAGAUGCCAUUCGAAAGCAGCGAGAGCACAUCGGCAACUGGUUGAAGUACUCGACGUGGGAGGAGUCGCAGAUGGAGUUCGAGCGUGCGCGGAGCGUCUACGAGCGCUCCCUGGAGGUUGACUACCGCAAUCAGACGAUCUGGCUGCGCUACGCCGAGUUCGAGAUGAGGUGCAAGUUCCCCAACCACGCCCGCAACGUGUGGGACCGGGCGGUCGCCCUGCUGCCGAGGGUGGACCAGUUCUGGUACAAGUACAGCUACAUGGAGGAAAUGCUGGGAAACCCGGCGAAGGCUCGAGCGAUCUUCGAGAGGUGGAUGGAGUGGGAGCCGGAGGACAACGCGUGGAGCGCGUACGUGAAGUUCGAGAUGCGCCAGGAGGAGCCGGCCAAGGCCAGGUCUGUCUUCCAGCGCUACGUGGAGGCGCACCCGCACUCUCGCGCGUUCCUGAAGUGGGCGCGAUGGGAGGACAAGCAGUCGCAGUACGCGCUGGCGCGGGGGGUGUACGAGCGAGCGCUUGCCGAGCUGUCUGAUUCCGAGAAGACUGAGAAGCUCUUCAGCGCUUUCGCGCACUUCGAGGAGCGCUGCAAGGAGUUCGACCGCGCCCGUGUGAUCUACAAGUAUGCCUUGGACCAGAUGCCCAGGGAGCAAGUCCCCGAGCUUUACCGCGACUUCAUCGGCUUCGAGAAGCGCCACGGAUCCGUUCAGGGCAUCGAGGAGGUGAUCAUGAACAACAGGAGGCUGCAGUACGAGGAGCGCGCUUCGGCGUCGCCCCUGGACUACGACAACUGGUUCGACUACCUCAGGCUGGAGGAGUCCACCGGCGACCUUGACCGCACUCGAGAGGUCUACGAGCGCGCCAUCGCCAACGUCCCGCCAGUGUUGGAGAAGCGAUUCUGGAGGCGGUACAUUUACCUCUGGAUCAACUAUGCCCUGUUUGAAGAGCUACAGGCGGAGGACGCACAGCGCACUCGAGAGGUGUACCGCGCGUGCCUAGACGUUGUACCGCACAAGUCCUUCACCUUCGCCAAGAUCUGGCUCAUGCUGGCCAAGUUCGAGGUGCGCCACAAGGACCUGCAGGCUGCGAGGAAGGUGCUCGGACAGGCAAUCGGCAUGUGCCCGAAGGAGAAGCUGUUCAAGGGGUACGUGCAGCUUGAGAGGGAUUUGGGAGAGAUCGACCGCUGCCGCAAGGUCUACAGCAAGUGCCUGGAGGCGUUUCCAAGCGACUGCGGGGUGUGGGCGCAGUUCGCGGCUCUGGAAGGGUCUGUCGGAGAGACGGAGCGGUCCCGCGCCGUGUUCGAGCUGGCCAUUCGCCAGCCCGUGUUGGACAUGCCUGAAACUCUCUGGAAAGCCUACAUUGACUUCGAGGCGGAGAACGGCGAGACGGAGCGAGCGAGGCAGCUGUUCGAGAGGCUACUCGAGCGCACUCAGCACGUCAAGGUUUGGAUAAGCUACGCUCAGUACGAGGCCAAGGCGGAGCUAGACACGGCGAGAGUGGUCUUUCGCCGCGGCUACGACCACCUCCGCAGGCAGGGACUAAAGGAAGAGAGAGUCAAGCUCCUUGAGGCGUGGCGAGCAGCCGAAAAAGCGGAGGGCAAGGGCAAGACGAGGGGACUCAAGGAAGUGGAGAGCAAGAUGCCGCGCAAGUUCAAGAAGCGGAGAAUGAUGACCGGCACCAAUGGGGAAGGAAUGGGGUGGGAAGAGUACUACGACUACCAAUUCCCGGACGACGAGACGAAGCCGGCGAACCUCAAGAUCCUCGAAAUGGCCCAGAAGUGGAAGCAGAAGAAGGGUGCCGGCGAAGACGGCCUCGCGGGAUUCAAGCUUGGCGGAGGCGGCGGGGCUGGGGGGGGGCAGGAGGGCGGCGUGGUAGGCACCAAGCGCAAGCUUGGGGGGGGGGAGGUCGAUGACGAGGAGAUUCAACUCGAGGACGAGGAGGAGGUGGAGGAGGAGGAGGCACCUGGGGGAGGAAAGGAACCCGAGCUGAGCAAAAGAAAACUUAACAGCAGCCAUGAGGAAGAGGAGGGGGAAGAGGAGGGGGACGAGGAGAGAGGAGAGGGUGACGGGGCGGAGGGAGGGGAGCCGGCAGAAGCUUCGUAGAAGCGAUGCCGGGGAAGGAGAGGUUUGCGCCGCACAACCGUUUGUGGUAAGAAUGGGUUUCAGUCUAGUUCGCGAGGCGUUAUUGGUUGAGAUAAGAAACGGUCGACACGUUUCUGGGUGUAUAGACGACUGGACCGACCGACCAAGUAGUGUAGUUGCUGCUACAGCAGUGCUGAUGUGGAUGACCUAGUGCUGAGACAAGCAUAGACCUAGAGUCACGAGAGUUAGCCUGUAACAUGAGAGAGUGCAUAUCGUUGGAUAAGUGCAACCAAUCAGAUCGUUGUGUAGAGGUAUCACGGACCACGGACUGACGUGUGUCUGUUCGUGACGAUUGUUGAAGUUGGACCGUCCGGAAGCUUGGCUCCGUUAAGCCUCGCACAUGAUCAGUCUCACUGCUUUGCCCUCCGUUCCGAACGUCUAGAGCUGAUUGCAAGAGUGCCGGUCAGUAAUAAGACACGAACCCAACGACAACCGAACCAAAGGCGCUUGAACACAAGUGCCUGCACUGACAAGCUCGAGCCUGUUAGCAGAGAAGAGGCAGAACGCAGUUCUCCCCACACGUUGGAAAUGGGUUUGCGGGUUUGCGGCGUUCCUACUCCUAUACAGCAGAAAGUUAAAGUUGUCAAGGGAGAAUGUCCGGUUUCGCAAGAUAGUGUUCUUUGUCAUGUCGUGGUGACGGAUCUGCCUUGCGUCACUCGCGUACGGUAGUAUCUUCCGGCGUCAACCUACUUGGCCGUUUGCGGCUGUGGCAUGCAAUUGCGUAAGAGCGGUUGACGUGUCUGGCCCCUGCGUCGGAAAAGGGCUGGUGGCUGGGCAGGACAAGGAAAGAUUCUCCGUUGUAUCUACAGCAGUAGUUGGUUUUGUCGUGUUUCGUCCUCUUUUGUGGGGAUGGGGGAAGUUGACUGCUUGAUGCAAGAGGCGCGUUGGCGUGUGCCGUGAAAUGUGCGGUUAUUGUUUUGUGGGUCUCGACCGACUACCGUACGGAACCCGGCGCCCCUGCCUAUGCGUAGUACGGAGUAUGAGAGCGUACGGAAUAUAAUUGAGGCUACAUAAGCGUCGAAAUCACAAAAUGUUGAGGAAAACGAAGCACCCAGACCGCAGGCACACCGUAAUGUCGUAUUGUGGCCACUGGUAUCGGUUUCUCCCACAGAGACUGACGCGUGCGAGACAGGGAGAAAGGGAAAAUUGCAGCCCGAGAGCUCACGUAAGAAGUACACUUUCUAAGUGGAAAUCUGCGUGCAUCUGGUUUGGUCAUCAUUUUCUUCGUAGAUAAGGAAGUGUACGUUGGGCAACAACAACCUGGACGGAGUUCGGAGAGAAAGUAAUGAGGCAGUGGUGCUGUUGUUGGUCAUGUUUUAGCCGUUGUCUUCUUGAGAGGGCGACGAAAGAAAGUAGAACGGAAGCUUGGACGAUUGUUUGUUGGCCGUUCAAGCUUUGCUUUUGGUGGUGGGUGUACGGAGAGAGAAAACGAACAGAAACGAAAUAUAUGCGAAACAAAUAAAUGUUCCGUGUGUGUGCAUCAGAGGCGAGUAUGUAUGGUUGUUGUUCCAACGAGGGUCGGGGAGUAAAGAAACGGCGGCGGUGCAGCCCGCGGUAGCUACAACGA